UUUCAUCUACAAAUGUCAAUUGACUAACUGCUCCCCACAAUUACAUCGCACCCACAACGGUACAAAUCCACUGACCUCCAUAACAAUAAAACUUGCACGCAAAAUUGCAGAUUUGCAGCAGAGUAAAGCAUUAUCUGUAUUAUCAGUCUAUUCGAACCUUUGGCGUGGGGAUGGAUUGGCAAGGGCAAAAACAGUCGGAGAUUCUGAUGCAGAUAAUGCUUGUGGUAUCUGCUGUGGCGGCGUUCGUCACAGGUUAUGUGAUGAGUUCAUUUAAGAACAUGCUUCUAAUUUAUGCUGCCGGGGUUGUUCUAACCUUGUUGACUACUGUUCCGGACUGGCCCUUGUUUAAUCGUCACCCUUUGCAGUGGCUCGAUCCCAAGGAAGCCGAAAUACAUGGCGUUAGGGUUCAGAAGCCCUCAAAAUCCCAGCCUCAAAUUUCAAGUAAGAAGCCCCCAAAAGCUUCCAAGAAGUAGGAUUUUCCCUUGCAUUUUAGAACUUGGCGGCUAUAUUCUCGUUUUUUCCUUUAUUAAUUGGUUUGAAGCACGAGUGCUUUAGCCAAUUCUUUGCCGAUUACGGAUGUUUUUUUGCUAUCAGUUUUUAUACAGUGAUAAUAAGGGUUUUUUUUGUCACUUUGAUGAUCAAAGGCGUAUCUUGGAAAGGUUGUUUGAAUGCUCUUGAUGAUAUUUUACAUACAGUGAUGAAUUUGGUA